AAAUUAAAAUAAGUUCGAUUGUUUUAUCGUUAAAUAAUUAACAAUUCAGUGAAUAAAAAAAGCGGGAAUGUGUUUGUGGAAUUUGUUUUUCCAAAAUGGCUGACAAUUAAAUCAUUAAAAAUUUCAAUUAAACUGCGAGUGUAUAAACAAUUAAUUUUUCAUGUUUAAUCAUCAAAAUAUUGAUGAAAGUCACAAAUUAAUUAAUUAGUGCAGUGGUUUUCAAUAAAUCAAAUAACAAAUUCAGUGACGUGAUAAUAAAUGCAAGAUGCGAUAAUUUUGUUCAGUGCUAGUGUAAAGUGUUGCGAAUUGCUGAUAACUUCCAAGUUCCUGACCAAAAUCAUCUGGCAUCGUCUGGUGGGAAAUAGCAGUUAAGUGACGUUUGUUGAGCUGGAAUACACUUGGAGCAAUUUAAAUUAAAUCUCCAAGUGUAUUAGGACACCCUUCUGCAUAUUAUUUACCCACCAAGGGAUGCUCGAAGAUAAAAGAAGAGGUGAAAGACGAGUAGUACGAGUAGCCUGGAGGGCAAGAGAAGUCGUGGAAUAAAAUUUCAUCGACGUCGUUCUUCAUCUAGUUUCGCUCUGAUGCCGGAUGCGUCAGUCGUUUUGGUUACCCGUGCUUCACAAUGCUUUGCCAUCGCACCUUCGUCAGCCUGCUGACUGUUUUAGGUGUACCAAUAGUAGUGAGGGGCCUUGAACCAGACUUCCUGUAUCCUCUGGAAAAUGUAACUAUCCCGCAGGGUCGAGACGCAACAUUCACUUGUGUAGUGAACAACCUAGGCGGAUACAGGGUGAGUCCUUCUUCCUACACCAGUGGAGAUCACAGUGGCGCCAAAACCACCCGGGUAGCUUGGAUAAAAGCAGACUCAAAAGCAGUACUGGCAAUCCACGAGCACGUUAUCACAAAUAAUGCCCGUCUAUCUGUCACCCACAAUGACUAUAAUACGUGGACUCUGCAUAUAAAGAAUGCUAAGCAAGAGGAUCGUGGACUUUACAUGUGCCAAGUUAAUACUGAUCCUAUGAAAAGCCAGAGCGCUUUCUUGGAAGUGGUCAUACCUCCAGAUAUAAUAUCUGAAGAAACUUCCGGUGAUAUGAUGGUCCCUGAAGGCAGUUCAGCUAAACUGACGUGUAAAGCACGAGGUUACCCUAAGCCUGAAAUAAUAUGGAGACGAGAAGAUCGUGGUGAUAUUAUCGUCCGAGAUAUUAAUGGUGGAACUAAAACGAGACAAACUUCUGUCCAAGGCGAGAUAUUGAUUCUAACGAAGGUAACGAGAAGUGAAAUGGGGACUUAUAUGUGUAUAGCAAGUAACGGAGUGCCGCCAUCGGUCAGUAAACAGAUGAUGUUGCAUGUCAACUUUCAUCCGAUGAUUCAAGUUCCAAACCAGUUAGUUGGUGCACCUGCAGGAACAAACGUCACGCUAGUUUGUCAAGUGGAAGCUUCUCCAAAGGCUAUCAACUAUUGGACUCGCGAAACCGGCGAAAUGAUAAUAACUAAUCACAAGUAUACAAUGUCCGAAGAAAGGAUGUCUGAUUACAGUGUACAAAUGCGGUUAAUUAUACGUAAUUUACAGAAAAGUGAUUUAGGUGGCUACAAAUGUAUUUCAAAAAAUUCAAUCGGAGAAGCUGAAAGUAAUAUACGGCUCUACGAUAUGGAUUUAACCGAGCACUCGAGGAAAAACAACGAGGUGCCGAAUGAAGACGAUUCGAGUGAGUCACGCGAGCAUCAUGGACACAGGCUGAACCGCAUUUAUCAAGGAUCCCUUAGGGAAAGUGGUUCAACGCGGCGAACGCCCCUUGACACGGAAGGUACUUCAGCAGCCACAACUAUUAUCAAAAGUUUUCCAAAAUUAUAUAUUAUUUUAAUAAUCCACUGUACACUAAAUAUUAUCCAUACCGUAAUCACGUAAAUUACAAUUAAAAACACUAUUAAUAAUUUAAAUUAAAAUUCUAUUUAUAAUUAUAAAUAUAUAUAGAUGUAUAUAUAUAUAUUUAUCAUGUAAAACGCUCACGUGUUUUAUACAAGUGUUCAGCAUUGAAUAAUUGCAAUGGAGUGUGUGUAAAUUAAAUAGAACUUAACGUUAUUAAACUCCAAGCAGUAUUUGCUUCAUUAUAUGAAAGCAUUAUUGGCAAAAUUAAUCAAAUUAAUAAUUUGAUACUCAACUAAUUAAUUUAAUUAAAAAACAACAGUGCCAAAUAAUAAAAUAUAA